AUGCCUGGGUCUUCUGCGUAUAGCAUAACCAAGCUUGUGGACUCGCGCCUUACUGCUUAUACUGCAGCUGAGAACCCCGAAGUCCAGAUCACAAGCGUACACCCCGGGAUGAUUGAGACAGAUAUGAUUACUGACGACCUACGGCCUUUUGCAAAAGACACUCUCGGUCUUGCAGGUCGGUAA